AUGCCCGAGAUCGCUGAGAUUGCACGAGCGGUCCAUUUCUUGCGCAUUCACCUGGUGGUCGGCACCACCGGUGCUGCCGUAGCAGCUGCCCUCCAAGGCAAAAAGGUAGUGUCCGCCGGGACGCAAGGCAAGUACUUUUGGAUAACGUUAGAGAAGCCGCCGCAUCUAGUGAUGCAUUUCGGCAUGACUGGUUGGAUUCACAUUAAGAAUGACAAGACUGCAUACACCAACUACUUCAAAAAGAUGGAAGAUAGCGAGUACACAGUCUGGCCUCCCAAAUUUUGGAAAUUCCAAAUCAAAACAGACGAAAAGCCUGCUGUGGAGAUUGCAUUUACGGAUCCUCGUCGCUUUGGUCGUGUCAGGCUGGUGGACUGCCCUGGCGAAGAGAUUCGAAAACACUCGCCGCUUGUUGAAAAUGGCCCCGACCCUGUUGUUGACAAGGAUCGCUUCACGGAGGAGUAUCUGCGCGGCAAAAUGACCUCGCGCCAUGUUCCCAUCAAGGCACUGCUUCUUGACCAGACCACGAUCAGUGGCAUCGGCAACUGGGUCGCCGACGAGACUCUAUACCACGCCAAGAUGCAUCCGGAGCAGUACUGCGACGACUUUAGUGACGCUGAGAUCAAGACGCUCUACGACACUGUCUGCUACGUCUGCGAUUUAGCCGUGGAGAAGCUUGGUGACUCCGACGAGUUUCCAGAGCAUUGGCUAUUCAACCACCGCUGGGGCAAGGGCACGAAAGGCUCGUCAUCAAAGCUUCCCAACGGUGAGAAGCUUUCGUUUAUCACUGUUGGCGGUCGUACCAGCUGCUACGCACCGGCUAUUCAGAAAAAGACGGGCCGGGUGACAGCCAACGCUAAAACGGAGCCUCUUGUCAAGGAAGAGUCUGGCGAUGAGAAGGCGCCACCCAAAAAGGGUCGCAAGUCGGCAGGAAAUGCAAUCAAGGCUAUCAAGGAUGACUCCGGCGAUGAAAAGGUCCCGCUUAAGAAGGACCGCAAGCCAACCGGCAAGGCCGUCAAAUCAGCGACGGAGACUGCGCCAGCCAAAAGUAAGCGGUCGAACCCCGCUACGAGCGAAACCAGCAAGAGCAAAAAGGCCAAAGUUGAGCCGACCGUGGAUGAUAGUGGCAGAAGACGCUCGGGGAGGCUUAGAAAGUAA